AUGUCCUGCUCACUUGUGUGCGAGCUGGCUGCGGCCCGGAAGCACCUGCACUUCAACCCGUCCGAGACGACCAUCGGCAUCGUGACCUGCGGCGGCAUCUGCCCGGGUCUGAACGACGUUAUCCGCUCUAUCACGCUGGCGGGCACGAUGGCCUACCACGUGAAGCGCGUCGUGGGCUUCCGCUACGGCUACUGGGGUCUGUCGAAGGAGGGCAGCAAGACGGCCAUCGAGCUGUCCCGCAACGAGGUGCGCCAGAUCCACCGCUUCGGUGGUACGAUCCUGGGCAGCUCCCGUGGCCCGCAGAACCCUAAGGAGAUGGUGGAUACGCUGGUGCGCAUGAAGAUCAACAUCCUGUUCACCGUCGGCGGUGACGGCACGCAGCGCGGUGCGCUGACGAUUUACGAGGAGGCGAAGCGCCGCGGCGAGAACAUCGCCGUGUUUGGUGUGCCCAAGACGAUCGACAACGACCUCGCCUUCUCCCACCGCACCUUCGGCUUCCAGACGGCCGUGGAGCAGGCCGUGCUCGCCGUGCGCGCCGCGUACGCUGAGGCUGUGUCGCUGAACUGGGGCGUGGGCAUUGUGAAGCUGAUGGGCCGUGAGAGCGGCUUCAUUGCUGCCGAGACGGCUGUGGCUAGCGCGCAGGCGAACAUCUGCCUCAUUCCCGAGAACCCGCUGCCGAAGGAGACGGUUCUGCGCCUGAUCGAGCGCCGCUUCCAGCAGUCCCGCAACUGUGUGAUCAUUGUUGCGGAGGGCUUCGGCCAGGACUGGGAGUCGGGCAGCGGUGGCCACGACGCGUCAGGCAACAAGAAGCUUGUGGACAUCGGCACGAUCCUGAAGAAGGAGGUGGAGAGGUGGCUGAAGGAUAACAAGGAGAAGUACCCGUACGGCACGGUGAAGUACAUCGACCCCUCCUACAUGGUGCGUGCGUGCGCUCCGACGUCGAACGAUGCGCUGUUCUGCGCCUCGCUGGCGACGCUGGCCGUGCACGAGGCGAUGGCCGGUGCCACGGGCUGCGUGAUCUCGAUGCGGUACAACAACUACAUUGUUGUGCCGAUCAAGGUGGCCACGUCUGUGCGUCGUGUGGUGAGCCUGCGUGGUGCGCUGUGGCGCCAGGUGCGUGAGAUCACCGUCGGCAUCAGCGACGACGCGGAGAACUGGAACCGGUCGCGCGACACCGGAAACUGGGUAUCAAGGCCCUUCUGGGGGCGGGGAUCGUACAUGAUGCGCUCCACCUCGUCGCGGUACUCAGCGCGGGCGAUGUGCUUCCGAGAGGGGUUGAGGAAUGUGCGGCCGGGCAUGCGUUCCACGACGAGGUCAUCGGGGGUCACCUUGGAAAGCGGGGCGUCGUGCAUGCACACCAUCUUGUGCUCGGUUUCCUUUGAAGCGGUCAUGGCUAUGGAGGAGAUGAAAAACGAUUGGGUAGCGGUGUCCACGUGA